UAUUGGUUUUCAUUAUAUGGAUACAUGCGAUGAUACUUACUGUACUGCGUCCCUUGGUGACGGUCCAGCAUUGAAGCCGCCACAAUCAGAACCAGACAGCCAAUCGACUACUAAGAGAGAAGGCAUCAUGAACGUCGUGUGGGGGCGUUUUCAGACUGUUUACCCGCGCAAGGGCUGUACCGUGAUGGAUGACGACGUGGGGAAGUUGCGGCAGCCCCUCAUGACUAGCGGCAGCGAGGACGAGAGCGACGGCAGCCUGGAAGACGAAGAAUUAGGAGGUUUGUUACCGCAUCGGGACAUGCGGCCGCAGUUUGACGAGGGAGCGGCAGCCCGUAGGAAACGCCGGAGGCGUAAGGAAGAUGAGGAUCUGGGGGAGGUACCCAGGGGCUUUACGGUCAGUGUGGAGCCGCUCAAGCUGCUACGGUCCGUUGGCAGCUGGAUGAUUUCUCUCUCUGCUGCGGGUAACCUCCUGGUUCCGCGCAGCACCAGCCCCCUGCCUGCCUCACUGUCGACACAGAUGCUGACGCACAGACGCAAGCAGGAAAGUAUGGACGAGGUGUCGGACCGCGCGCUGGCAGUACUGGCCCUCAUCACGGUGGUCUUCUGUUUCCUGUUGCUGCUCGUGGUGUACUCUCAAGCGGCGUAGGAAAGAAAAAAAUCACCAUGCAUCACCAAGUUAGCUACCCCAAUUGUGUCAUGUGCUCCGUGGUCUGUUGGACAGCGCAGCUUCACUACAAUUAAUACAAUGCUCAUAUUCUUAUGCUGA